AUGGGACCACUGCAUCUGGACGUUCCAACCACCCAUCACGUUUAUGAAGGGUCUCACGGCGAGAGAUACAGCCCACCCAUUUCGGGCUCCGUUCUCGUUCCAGUAUCCUCGUUGGAUUUUGGUCCGACGGAGUAUCCCAAUGUUACCGUCAGUUUGCUCCGAACUGUGACUUUGCGAAAUGGGGAGGUGGCACCCACUGCCCCCAACGACAACAAAAAGGGGGACUUCCUUCAGCGGCUCCGCAGGAAACGCGUACCCCAAACCCAAACUCCUGCCACUCAACCAAAGGAGGGGAGCAGUACGGUAGAGACACUGGUACAGUGUCAGCUAUGGCACUCCCCAGAGCCAGUAGAGUGGUAUGAAGAGUCGGGCGCGGUCGUGCUCAAGUUUCUUUUCUCAAUCCCAGUUCCACCCGGCACGUCAGGCACGACGGAAACUCCAUUCGGAGGGUUGUCUUAUGCGGUCCACGCUGCAGUCACUUCGUUGUCUGGGGUGACAGUGGACGCGACAAGGGACGUGCAAAUUCUGUCCCGAAUCGUGACUGGCCCCAGUCAGACUGUUCGCCACUUUAAAAAGUACACUGGCGAGCGGUUGCAAUCGGAGUUGUCUCUUACCCCAGAGCAACCAACAGAUACCAAAGCAAAGCUCGCAUACUCUGCGAAGCUUGUGGCCCGUGGCACUACGGCGCGGGGUGAUCGUCCUACCGAAAAGAGGCAAUUCUUUGUUCGAGAGGUACGAUGGAGCGUCGAAGAGACGGUGAGGUUGAUGAAAAUCUCCAGCAGCGAUGGUCCUGACGGAGAGAACAUCACGUGGAAAGAGAAAUCCGUGCGCCAAGUUUGCUCCGGAAAGCAGCAGGGUCGCUGGGCGCCGAAUAAGAAAUUAUCUGCCCUGCAACGGAAAGGCUAUGAUGACCAUGACCGAAUUGAUCUUUCGUUCGAUAUAAUUAUCCCCAGAAGUGCGUCUACCGCAGAUCGGCCGGACCUCUCAUCGUGCUCCUUCGACUCUGGAUCACCAUGUCGACACCUCACCCCCUGCAAGUUUAACGAAGAAUGCACGGAAUCAAGAGGGGAGAGGACCACAAUCAUGGUCGACCACCGGCUGAGGCUCGAUCUGAUCACCGGGGAAGACACUCUUGACGAAAAGACAGGAGAUCUUAUCAACCGAAAGCAAUUUGCAAAAGCCUUCACAACGUUUUAUACCCUCCCAAUCCACGAAGUGGCUGGCCGAAAUGCCAUCCCGGAGGGCACCUUCCACGGCAACAGCGCUCCUCCAUUAUAUGAGGGAGAAUCUGCUAUGCCUCCUGCAUAUGAUUUUGACGCACCAUAUACAUCGCCUUGUUCUGUUUAA